AUGCAAUGGGACUUGACUCAAGACCAAGGAGAUAUCGACAGUAGGCAGGGUGAGAUUGGCAGAGCGCAGCAAGCCUUGUCUCAAGGUGAAGGAGACUCUAUCGGGGCUCACGGGAUGACACCUGUGUUGUUUGCAGCUCGCGAAGGAUAUAAAGAUGUGUUUGACUUCUGCGUAUGUGCAGGAGGUAAUGUGUCAGUAGUUGAUUCUCACGGAAACAACAUCCUUCAUUUGGCAAGCCUUGGAGGUCACAUGCCAAUGGUGAAGUACCUCGUCUCACAGAAUAUCACUGCCAUCAACAGCAGGGGUAUAUCCGGGAGGACACCAGUGAUGUUGGCGGCUGCCAACGGAUACAGAUACCUAUUUGACUUUUUGGUGAGUAAAGGAGGCGAAGCUUCACUUGUAGAUGCAAAUGGCAAAAGCGUUCUACAUCUGGCCAGUUUGGGAGGACAUUUGGACAUGGUGAAGUACAUCCUCUCUCAGAAUUUUGUUGACAUCAAAGGUAAAGAAAUAUACGGGCGGACACCCUUGAUGUCAGCAGCUAUUGGGGGACACUUGGACGUGUUCCGCGUCCUCAUGAGUGAGGGAUCUAAUGCAUCACUUGUGGAUGGAUCAGGGAACAACAUCCUACAUCUGGCCAGCUUAAAUGGACAUUUGGACAUGGUGAAGUACAUCCUCUCUCAGAAUAUUGUGGAUAUCAAUGUUAGAGGAAUAUAUGAGUGGACACCGUUGAUGUCAGCAGCUACUGGAGGACAUUUAGACGUGUUCCGCUUCCUCAUGAGUGAGGGAUCUAAUGCAUCACUUGUGGAUGGAUCUGGGAACAACAUCCUACAUCUGGCCAGCUUAAAUGGACAAUUGGACAUGGUGAAGCACAUCGUCUCACAGAAUAUUGUGGAUAUCAAUGUUAGAGGAAGAUAUGCGUGGACACCGUUGAUGUCAGCAGCUAAACGUGGACAUUUAGACGUGUUCCGCUUCCUCAUGAGUGAGGGAUCUAAUGCAUCACUUGUGGAUGGAUCUGGGAACAACAUCCUACAUCUGGCCAGCUUAAAUGGACAAUUGGACAUGGUGAAGCACAUCGUCUCACAGAAUAUUGUGGAUAUCAAUGUUAGAGGAAGAUAUGCGUGUACACCGUUGAUGUCAGCAGCUACUGGAGGACAUUUAGACGUGUUCCGCUUCCUCAUGAGUGAGGGAUCUAAUGCAUCACUUGUGGAUGGAUCUGGGAACAACAUCCUACAUCUGACCAGCUUAAAUGGACAAUUGGACAUGGUGAAGCACAUCGUCUCGCAGAAUAUUGUGGAUAUCAAUGUUAGAGGAAGAUAUGCGUGUACACCGUUGAUGGUAGCAGCUAAACGUGGAUAUGUAGACGUGUUCCGCUUCCUCAUGAGUGAGGGAUCUAAAGCAUCACUUGUGGAUGGAUCUGGGAACAACAUCCUACAUCUGGCCAGCUUAAAUGGACAAUUGGACAUGGUGAAGCACAUCGUCUCACAGAAUAUUGUGGAUAUCAAUGUUAGAGGAAGAUAUGCGUGUACACCGUUGAUGUCAGCAGCUACUGGAGGACAUUUAGACGUGUUCCGCUUCCUCAUGAGUGAGGGAUCUAAUGCAUCACUUGUGGAUGGAUCUGGGAACAACAUCCUACAUCUGACCAGCUUAAAUGGACAAUUGGACAUGGUGAAGCACAUCGUCUCGCAGAAUAUUGUGGAUAUCAAUGUUAGAGGAAGAUAUGCGUGUACACCGUUGAUGGUAGCAGCUAAACGUGGAUAUGUAGACGUGUUCCGCUUCCUCAUGAGUGAGGGAUCUAAAGCAUCACUUGCGGAUGCAUCUGGGGACAACACCCUACAUCUGGCAAGCCGAAGUGGACAUGUAGACAUUGUGGGGUGUAUUCUCUCACAGAACAUUACUGACAUCAACAGCAGAGGGAGUUUUGAGAGAACACCAUUAAUAUUUGCAGCAAGUUCGGGACAUAGAGAUGUGUUUGACUUGCUUACCAAAAGAGGAGCUAAUGUGCAUUUAGUCGAUCGUUCAAAGUCCAACAUCCUUCAUGUCGCCUGUAUCUCUGGAAAAGUGAAGAUGGUGAAGCAUAUUAUUUCUAAACAUAUUGUGGAAAUUAACAGUAGAGGGAAUGAGGGGAGAACAGUAUUGAUGAUGGCUGCAGAAAAGGGAAAUAUUGAACUGGUGCAAUUCAUUGUCAAAGAAGGAGGUAAUAUGCUGUUGACCGAUGAUGAUGAAGAAAACAUGCUUCACAUUGCCUGCCACGGAGGUCAUGUAGAGAUGGUGAAGUACAUCCUUCAGGAAAGUACUGUGGAUCUGGAGGCCACAAACAAGUACGGCUCGACACCACAGAAGGUGGCACGGGAGAAAAACAACAAGGAAGUUCUUAACUACCUUAAGGGAGUAGGUGAGAGGAAUGGGUAG